AUGGAAGCACUGCCACAGGAAUUGAUCAACCGAACAGUGUGCUUCGCAGAGCGUGACCCGGACAAGCAUGAGUACUAUCAUACGAUACAUCAAUCUUACAAACCUGGCAAAGCGCGGCCUCAAUUUCCUCGCCUUACGAUUCUCAACGGCGCGUGGAAAGAAGCAGUGGAGAGUAUCACAUUUCGCCGCCUAAACGUCUCCAAUGAACACGACCUGGAAGACUUCCAAGCAAAUGUGACAGGGAGCCGGCGAGAAUACUUUUCCCAGAUUAUUGUCACAGUGAGAUUGCCAGAAUAUCCGAGAUCCAGAGACACGUCGCUAGAAAUAUUACGGUGGACCUAUGAUGCGUGGAACGAGAAUUUUACGGAAGCACUAGAAGACUUAUUUAAGAUUUUACGAAAGUGGGAAGAUGAUGAUUGGGGAUUUCAAGAUUUGUGCGACUUUUAUGAAGAAGAAUCAGAUCUCGACCCAUUCCAUAUCCCUGAGUACGAAGACGCUAGAGAGCCGAAAGCGCGUCGCGCAAAUCGUAUAGGAUUUGCGAGAAGCCUCAGGCGGGCCCCUUUCCACCAUCUCAAAUCCGCCACAAUAACCUUCGAACACGAAGCCCCCUUGGAUCAAAGACUCCCCGUCCCAAGCCUCAUGCCUUGUGGUUUCUGUAGCGGCCCCUUCAGCACCGUCCUCCAUAUCUUCUCCCGAAAUCUCACAAGUCUCACUCUAAGUGCGCAAGUCGAUUACACACUCUUCUGGCCGCAAGAAGAGCCCGCCACACCCCCUUCCUGGCCAAACUUGACAACACUCGACAUCACUAUGCCCAUGGUCUCCCCCCGGGGCAAAUGGUACUUCACCGGACCCCUUCCACCCCUCUCCUCCUCUUCCUCCUUCUCCCCCUCCUCCUCCACAGCCGACGGCACCAUCGACGACCCGGCCUCAGACAAACAGGACUACAGCAACUUCCGCACCCACCCCGACCCCUUAACCUUCAAACCUCUGCUCGAGGCCCUCUCCAAAGCAGCACUGCACAUGCCCGUCUUGCUCUCUCUUAUGCUAACAGUGGAAGUCGAGUGCAAGAGGGGAGACGCACGAAUCACAUAUCACGCUCCCUGCGAAAAAGUAGACUGGGGCGAUGAAGAUCAAGGUGAUAAAGCUUCCUUGGCACCCGGUGGACAACGCUUUCGGGGACUCAGCACAGGCUGCCUGCCGUACUAA